AUGCGCAGAAAGAUCGACAAAGCACAAAUGGAGGCCUCGGCUGAGGAGGCAGCCUUCGUGAUGUCUGUGAGGGAAGAGGUCCUGGCAUUGAUGCCGGUUUCACCUGACUUGCUGGAGGAGAAGUGGGUUGGCAUGUUUAGGCAUGGGGAUCCCAGUGUGCUUCUCGAAGUGCAAUCAGCCAUCAUGAACCGGGACUGUACCAAUGUGCGGGAUAUCCCCUCAAUUGCUGCAGUGAUGAACACGCACAAUCAAAGUGCACCACUUCCGAGUGUGGCAGUGCAUGAGAUGUCGAAGUUGGAAGAAGAAACGUUCUCACUACGCAUGAAACAACUUCAGUACGAUGUGCAGGCAUGCCGAGUGGCCAAGGCCAAGAUGUCUUCCUAUGAACUCCAGGUGCGUCACACGAAGCUCCAAUACCGAGUCAAAGUGUAUGAGGAGUCAUUAAAGGCGGCUAGGGUUUUCAUCAACGACAAUUGCAAGGUGAUCACCUACACCCAAAGUGAUGACUUGCUCCGGUCAAUUCAGAGCUUCAUGAGUGACAAAACCGAGCGCUUGAAACUCGAUGAGUCUGGCAAUGCAUGCCUGGUUUUCCUCAAUUGGAGUGCUCCUUCGACACUGAAGGCCAACGCACGGGCCGCCCAAUCAUCUGGCGCCUCGUUCAUCUUGUCCCAAUCAGCCCGCAGUGUUGGUUUGCUCCUGGAGCCAGAGUUCACUUACAAGAAAGGGGAGUUGUGGAUGUUGGAGGGCAGCACCAUGAAACAGUUGGCUCACCAUGGAAUCUCGCUGGAUAAGAGUUUCUCUCUUCAGUUCAAAGAGAAGGUGGACCAACGUGACAACAUGCGACCACUGAACUACCGUGGCCGUUUCAUGGAAGGGCUGAGUACCAAAUCCAACAAGGAGUUCACUUGGAAAAACGCCCCUCUGUGGCGUGAGGGUCGCACUGAACUUGCCACCCAACUCCACACCAAGGACAUGGUAAUGAUUGAACCCCCCCUUGAAGACCAAUCCCGCGGUGUUGCAAUCAGUGCUCCUGAAGGCGAAGAGCACCUGUUUGGUGGUGCCCGAAAAGUGGAGCAAAUUGGCCAGAACGCAUGUGAGAAACUCUUGUUGGGAAUGAUGACUGAUUUGCAGAUGACUGGGAGAUCAGGGGUGUUCAUCGUUGACUUGAACAUGUCAGUAGGAAACAUGUUCGAUGCUUUUGCGAAUCUGAAGUCUACAUGGAACAUGCCCGUCUUCUACAUUGGGUGCACUGAUGACUUUCAGACCGCGGAGUGGUUUGGCAUGCAGAAACCGGAAUUGCUUGGACGCCUUCACAUGGAGGGAAACAUAACCAUUCCUGGAUUCCCAAAGCCAGUGCUGGAAUGUCCCUCUGACAUUCUGGAGAAGGAACCAGAGCCUCCGCGCCUCAAUUUGAUGAUUCCACGAUCGGACUUCUACCCAAUGAUUCCACAGAACCUGCUGCAGGAGUAUGGCUCACACGAGCAGUUCGGGGACGAGUUCAAGAGUUUCUUGGACCAGCUGGUGGAGGAGUUCGGACCCAUCCCCCAAGAUUCUGACAAGGAGACUGGGAAGGAGGACAAGGAGAAUGGAAAGGACAAGGAGAAAGACGGGCAGAACAACAAGGAUGGUGAAAACCGAACUGUGCGCAAACGUAAAAAUGCUCAGAAUGGAAAUGAUGCUACGAAGAAACUCAAGGUAGAUACCAACAAGAUCAAAACCAUCGAGUCAGUAGGUGCAGGUGGUGCACUGUUGGAAACGCCUUUGAUCAAUGCCAAAAUCGAAGGUGUCCAACUUCAUCUGAAGCCCCAGAAUCGUCCCUAUUUGUUCAACACCGGAAAUCAGGAAGCCUCACUCAAGGCAGGACUGAUCCUUUGCGGAUAUGGAAAGGGCAAAUGGAGGCUCGCUGAUGCGCAAUCACAGGAGGCCAAUCCCCGGACAGAAGUGCUCUUCAACUUGACCGGCCCUGAUGAUUUCGUACUCUUCAACGGGCACCUGAAGACCGUGUUCGAGGUUGUUCAAGCCCAGAUGCAGAAGGUCCCCAAAGUCAAAGUUGCAUACCAUGUCAUGGCUGAGGACCCAGAUCAAAAGCGCCCGGGAAAUUUCAAUUUGAAGAGAUCCCAUGAUGUGUGGUGGGUACCCGUGAGUGGUGGUGUUGGGGUUGCCCAAGAAGAAGGUGGUGACGACGAAGGCAAUGGGUCUAGCAAUGGAACCGCUGGGCAGCAGAAUGCAGCCAAGUUGAUCCCAAACACGGUGUGGAACAGUCAUGCCACUAAGAUUGUAUUCUCAGUGAAAUGGGGUGUUUCUGGAUUGAUGCCCAUUCGGCCCCAAGUGGUGCUCAUCCGAGAAGUGAACUUGCCCCCAGCUCGGUGCUGUGAGUUGUUUUAG